ACAAUUUCUACACAUUUGACAAUCUCUAAUCCUCUCUUCGUUUGUCUUCUUCACGCUGCUACGUUCUCGCCAUUUUCUCAUCGAACUGUUAGAUUCAUUUUAUGGAUAAGACAAUUUGUGGCAAGGAGAGACUGGAAGAAGUGACACGAGAGUCACUCAUUGCCAUCUCUUACGCUGAACCAGACAAAGUUCUUGCUUCAGAACUCUCACCAGAGGACUUGAAUGGUGAAAAGCUGGUUGAAGGUGAAGACCCUGAUGGAACAGACAAGUACAGAUCAGAGUUAAUCUCCAUAUCCUAUCCCAAGUCACCUGACAUUGAAGGCUCACCAGUUACAAAGGAGGAGGAUCACUUUUGAUUUCCAUUUGGGCUUACUUUCUGUUUCUUGCCUCCUUACCCAUCUUCAGGGAGGUGGGGGAGGGGUUUUGGACCUCUUUAAUGGCUGCCUGUAAUCUUUCCUGGCUUAUAUUCACUGUGGUAUAAAACUCUUCAGACUGUGUUGAUAUUGUAUCUAUAUUACAGAUGCUUCAAGUGCAUCUUCUAUAUUUGAUUCACGAUUGCUAGCUGUAUGAACCUUAGACUCUGCUAUCAGAAAAUGAACUUUGCUCCUUCCAUGAAUGAAUGUAUCAUCUUUCUAAAUGGUUCUUUCCCUUUAGCAGCUGUAGGGAUUUUUAUUUUUAUUUUUUUUUUGUGAAAUGCAGUAUUUUGUGUUGCUUGAUUAUGCACACAGGGCCAAGGCUAGUGCUGUUAUUUUCAGUAGCAUGGUGCACUGGCUGAACUGCAUAGCUGUUUCUUUUACUUGAUGAGCCAGAUUGGAACUGACUAAUCUUCAGCUGCUGCAAGUUUGGUAAUUUAUAACUAUGAUCCUGUCCAAUAAACAAUGGUAAGGGUA